GAUUUAUACUCCUGACAAGGCUCUGCAUGACGGCUCUGUUCAUCCCUCCUCCGUUGUCUUCCGCCACACGCACAAAGGCUCUUCACCAUGAGCGUGUCUGUAGAUGACCUUGUAGCCUCCCUCAAUGCGAAUCACAUUGGUCAAGAGGCUAUUGACCUUGCAGCUCUCCAGCUCGCGCAGACGUUAUUCGCGCAUCAGAUUUCACCCUCUUGUGCAUCGUCUAGCUCGCCCAACUCGUAUGGAAAUGCGAGCGCGAUUAGGUGUGACCCCACACACGUGCAGCACUGCACCACACCUACUACGCGCACACCUUCUUCAUCUAUCUCGUGGCCUGCAGGUUAUAUUCCCGUAGAAAUAACUCAGAAGAAGCGCAGUAACAGCAUUGUCUGUCCGCGUUCCCGUCGACCAAGUGUAGACGAGGGAUGGUGUGACCCAGACGAGCUGGACGAAGAACGCAUGGUUGAGGAUAUGAUAGUUCCAUCCUCCCCACAGUCUCCAAAAACCUUCAUUUGGGGAUACACGGGGUUGAAAGGCGCACCAACCCCUGCGCCCACGCCUAUGACAAUUGUCGGCACGCCGGUUGAAUCGCAAUCUCUAUUUACCACCACAGAUCCAUUCUAUCUACAAGCCUCUCAAGCAAAUGCGACCCCACAGCCACCCUCGUCAUUUUUCACAAAUGCAGGCCGCCCAUCUAAUCACUCGCCUUUUAUGAGGAGCAAUUGGGAAAGUGCCCCUACCCAAUCCGCUGCCUGGGAUCGCUGAGCUCUGGGGUUGCGUUUAAGCUUUCCCCUGUCUCUUGAACAUUACUUGAACA